AUGUGACAGCACCCCUAUUUCCGGCAUUAGAAAAAAAAGUAAAAAAUCACGAAUUUUUUCCUGUGCAAGAAAUUCCACCCAUUUUACCAACAAAAUUCCCCAUUAAAAACCCCAAAGGGUGGUGUUUUGGGCCUGCGACGGCGCUUCAGUGGCACAUAAAUGUGCAAUUAGGUGGUGAAUGUGAUGUGAAGUGCCGGAAAAAUGAAUAAAGUGGAAAAUUCACGCAGAAGUCGAAAUGGCGCACAAAUAAUUCGACUAACAAUUCUGUGUGCCCGGAAUCUCGCACGAAAGGAAUUUCUCCGUCUUCCGGACCCUUUUGCGAAGGUUUCGGUGGAUGGCACGGGGCAGGUGCAUUCAACAGAAACGAGUAAAGCGAGCUUGGAUCCAAAGUGGAAUGCACAUUACGAUUUGUAUUUAGGUAGUAAGGAUGCCAUUACGAUAUCCGUGUGGAAUUACCGGAAGAUACACAAGAGGCAUGGGAGUGGUUUCCUGGGGUGUGUCCGGAUUCAGGCGGAGAUGAUACAGAGGCUGAAGGAUAGUGGGUAUCAGCGUCUGGAUUUGGGGAAACAUGCUCCGGAUGAUCAGGAGCAGGUACGGGGUCAGAUAAUCAUUUCGCUGACAUCGAGAGAUGCCCAAGGGAGCACUCCGUUGGCAAUUGUUUCACCGGGUGGUGAUGUACACGGGCCGGCAGAGGAUACCGAAGUUAGUGGUGGUGGUUGCGUGGUGCCGUCCAUUCAGCCUGGUGUACCGACAAAGAAGACUCGGGAACCGGAAGCUGUGGAUCUCCCAGAGGGUUGGGAGGUGCGAAAAACAAACCAAGGGCGGGUGUACUAUGUGAAUCACGUGACAAAAUCCACACAGUGGGAUAGACCAACAUUGCCGGCGACAAAUGGUACGACGGCACAGGUGGCAACCGAUGAACCCACACCAGCGGGCCCCUCGCGUUCGGCAACGUGCACAAAUUUGACAAAUGGCGUAACGACGGCCGAAGCGUCGCGGCGACAUUCACUUGAGCUACUCCUAAAUCUGAAGAACGACACACAACGCGAUACAAGGCACAUCAGUCCUGAGAAUGCGACACGUGGCGCCCGUGAGGCGCCCCAUAGUCCGCAGCAGCACAUUGCAAAUGGGGUGGCGCCCAUUGUGAGCCCCACAACGACGCCAAAGUGCAAUUCAAGCGAUAUUUUAGCCCAGAAUCGAACACCACAGAAUCAAGUGAGAGAUUCAACGACCCCGCCGGGAAGUACAACGCACAGUAGCGUUAAUCAUUUGACAAGCACAAUUAAUGCAUUGGUUCUAGAAUCCCCAAGCCGUCCUACAAUGCAACAGACAACAACAACAAGCAAUAAUAUAAAUAAUAAUGUCAGCAAUACAGGUGCAACCACAACGACGUGCGUCAGCAACAAUAACGUCACACCACCAGCAGCCACCGUGGCAACCAGUCCGGUGAAUAACAAUCAGGGAACGACGCCGCAGGAUAAUGAUACGCCGGCGGCACAGAGUCGUCCUGUUGAUGCUCAGCGGGCUCGUCGUUCCCUCAGGAAUGUCGAUGAUGCGGCUAGAAGACGUUCAGGACGUGGGGCACGGAGUAUCAUGACACAAAUUCCCGGAAGGACAAAUGGUGCCUCGGGGAGACCAGCUGUUGAUCUUCCGCCAGGAUAUGAAAUGCGAACAACACAGCAGGGUCAGGUUUAUUUCUAUCAUAUUCCCACGGGUGUGUCAACGUGGCAUGACCCGCGAAUUCCGCGUGAUCUUGACACGCAAUCAAUUGCUUUGGACUCCCUUGGGCCACUUCCGUCGGGGUGGGAGCAACGCAAAACAGCCUCAGGGCGGGUGUAUUUUGUUGAUCACAACAAUCGCACGACACAAUUUACGGAUCCGCGUCUCAAUGGGCACCUACUGGGGCUGUUGCGACGUCAGAGUCAGGCACCCACCACACCGGCAGCAGCGGGUCCACCAACGAGCUGUACAACAGGUGCGGGGCCACAGGUGGCAAAUGGGAAUGUACGCAAUGGCGAAGUAAUUUCCCCCACGAGACCCACGGUGGUGGCACAAACGACGGGACCAGCGGACUUGCCACAGGGUCUCCUCGAUGGGGCUGAACUCCUUCCAAAGUACCGAAGGGACUUGGUGAGCAAAAUGCGUGCCCUCAGGGCGGAAUUGCAGGCACUUCAGCCACAAUCGGGACACUGUAGGUUGGAGGUGUCACGUGCUGAGAUCUUCGAGGAGAGCUACCGGCUGAUAAUGAAGAUGCGCCCAAAGGAUAUGCGAAAGAGGCUGAUGGUGAAGUUUCGCGGGGAAGAGGGCCUAGACUAUGGGGGUGUAGCACGUGAAUGGUUGCACCUGUUGUCGCGUGAAAUGCUCAAUCCACAGUAUGGGCUAUUCCAGUACAGCCGCGACGAUCACUACACGUUGCAAAUUAAUACGGAUUCCGCCGUUAAUCCUGAUCAUCUCUCAUAUUUUCACUUUGUCGGCCGAAUUUUGGGUAUUGCCGUUUUUCACGGGCACUGCCUCGAUGGUGGCUUCACGACACCCUUCUACAAGCAACUCCUCAAUAAGCCCAUUACACUGAGUGACAUUGAGGGAGUCGAUCCGGAAUUGCACAGGAGUCUCACGUGGAUACUUGAGAACAAUAUCGAUGGUGUAAUUGAAACGACAUUCAGUGUGGAAAAUAACAGCUUUGGAGCACUAAAAGUUCAUGAAUUGAAAAUGGGUGGAGCUGGAAUUUCCGUUACGGAGGAGAAUAAAAAGGAAUAUGUUAAGCUAUAUGUAAACUAUCGAUUUAUGCGUGGGAUUGAACAGCAAUUUUUAGCACUACAGAAAGGAUUCUGUGAGCUAAUCCCAAGUCAAUUGCUAAGGCCAUUCGAUGAGAGGGAGCUAGAAUUAGUGAUUGGAGGUAUAAGCAGUAUUGAUGUGAAUGAUUGGAAGCAACAUACACGCCUGAAGCACUGCACAGCUGAAACGCAGCAAGUUGUUUGGUUUUGGCAGAUUGUCGAGUCGUACACAUCAGAAAUGCGUGCGCGUUUACUGCAAUUUGUCACGGGAUCAUCGCGUGUACCGCUACAGGGAUUCCGUGCCCUUCAGGGGUCAACUGGUGCCGUGGGUCCGCGUCUAUUCACCAUCCACCUAACUGCCGAUGUGCCCACACAGAAUUUGCCCAAAGCUCACACAUGCUUCAAUCGUAUUGACCUACCGCCCUAUGACACGUACCAGCUAAUGUAUGACAAACUCACGCAGGCCGUGGAGGAGACGUGCGGAUUUGCCGUUGAAUGAUCCACACACAAAAAGAAAAA